CACACAGUUGCUCACCCGAACCCUUUUCUCUCCUCUCCUCCGUGUCGCUGCCAUUCGCCUUCUCCGCUCUUCCUCGCACACACUCUCUCCGCUUAGGUCUUCAUCUUUCUUCCUCUUCGUCGUCGCUCGCCUGUGGCAUUCUUCCGAACGCUUCGCCCUUAUCGAUUCUCCAGUCUCUCCGUCUCUUCUUAGGGUUUCUAGGGUUCCUUGAUUUCAACCGGGAGAUCGAGGUCGGCGAGCGAGACUGAGCGACAAGUGAGUUGACAAUCUAGGGCAGGGUUGGUUGGGACGUUGGGCGCCCGCUGGUUCUCUGCCUUGGGAGCUCUUGAGUUGUUUGAUCGGGCGGGGAUCGGAGGGAUUCGGCGGCGUUUUGAUCUGCAAAUUGCUGGAGGGGCUCUUCUAGUGGUGCUCGGAUUUUGGCGGUUAAUGACGAACCUUCUUGGGGAGGCUUGGUUCUUCAGGUGUCUCUCUUUGGUUGCUAGUGCUGAUGGUGAGGUGCUAUAACCUGAAGCAAGACUAUGAAUCUCUUCUCUGGUGGCUAAAGCAUUAGCUACCAUGGUUUCUAGUAUUACAUAGCCAUUUAUUGUCUUUAGAAACCCCAGCCACAAUGCCUUCAUGGUGGGGGAAAUUGUCUUCUAAGGAUGUGAAGAAGAACACAAAGGAAAAUUUUAUUGACACAUUACACCGUUUUAUUAGUUCAACUGAACAAAAAAGCACUACAAAAUCAAGGGGAAGUCGACGGCGAAAAAGUGACACUUCAGAAAAGGCACCCAGAUCAAGAACAGAAUCACGAUCUACAUCACCUUCUGCACAAGUGUCCCGGUGUCAGAGUUUCGGAGGCAGGUCAAAUUCCCAACCACUUCCUCUACCCGGGCUGUGUUCAGGCAUAUCAUGCAAGCCCUCUGAGGUCAUUACAUCGAAGUCGAUCCUAGAAGAGCGUGGAAAAUCACAGCUGCUUUUACCACUUCCAAGACCUAACCACAUUUCAAAAAGACCAGAUACUGCUGAGCUUGAUGGAGGUGUAGCUACCACCUCUAUUUCUAGUAAUUGCUCUAUUGAUAGUGACGAUGCAGCAGAUUCUGAACUUCACAGCCCAGUCAAUGACUUUUUAAAAAGCAAUAGAGCUGUUACAAGCAACCAUAGUGCGGGGCGCAAGGACCCAUGUCCUGCGACACAAUGCAAAACAAGAGAGAUGAUGAAAUCCACAAAUUUCUUACUUGGGAACCAUAUUUUAUCUGCACCAUCUAAGCAGGGUUUUCAGAACAAUUACCAAUCAAAUAUACAAAUUCCUCGACAUGGUGCUUUUGCAAGUGCACCAGAUAGUUCGUUGUCAAGUCCCUCGAGAAGUCCUAUGAGAGUUGUGUUCCCUGAGCAGAUACCAACAUCAGCCAUUUGGGCGACAAAGCCGCAACAAGAUUUAACUUUUUUUGGAUCUGGCCAGUGCUCAAGUCCAGGUUCAGGUCAGACUUCUGGGCAUAAUUCAAUGGGAGGAGACAUGCUUGGACAGUUCUGGCAGCAUAGUAGAGGUAGUCCAGAGUGCUCUCCAAUACCAAGCCCAAGAAUGCUGAGUCCUGGUCCUAGUUCUAGGAUACAUAGCGGAACCGUCUCUCCACUGCAUCCACGGGCUGUAGGAACAGCACCAGAGUCACCAACAAGGCGGCAUGAUGAGGGGAAGAAAGAAAGCCACAGAUUGCCACUGCCGCCAAAAAAUAUAUCUAUCAGUGCUACUUUUCCUCCACAUAAUUCAACCACAAAUUCUUCAAUGUCAGUAGUACGCAGUCCUGGAAGGACAGAUAAUCCCACAAGUCCUGGAUCAAAGUGGAAGAAGGGAAAAUUAAUUGGACGUGGUACAUUUGGACAUGUUUAUAUUGGUUUUAACAGUGAGAGUGGUGAAAUGUGUGCAAUGAAGGAGGUUACCCUGUUCAUGGAUGAUGCUAAGUCAAAAGAAAGUGCAAAACAGUUGGGGCAAGAAAUAUCCCUCUUAAGUCGGCUACAGCAUCCAAAUAUUGUGCAAUAUUAUGGUUGUGAGAUGAUUGAUGACAAGCUUUAUAUUUACUUGGAAUAUGUAUCUGGUGGUUCCAUACAUAAGCUACUUCAAGAGUAUGGGCCACUUGGUGAACCAGCAAUUAGGAGUUAUACACAACAAAUUCUUUCAGGUUUAGCAUAUUUGCAUGCAAAGAACACUGUUCACAGGGACAUCAAAGGUGCAAAUAUAUUGGUAGAUCCAAAUGGCCGGGUCAAGCUGGCAGACUUCGGGAUGGCAAAACAUAUUACUGGACAAUCUUGUCCCUUGUCAUUCAAGGGAAGUCCUUACUGGAUGGCUCCUGAGGUCAUAAAGAACUCAAAUGGCUGCAAUCUUGCUGUGGACGUAUGGAGCCUAGGGUGCACUGUCUUGGAGAUGGUUACAUCAAAACCACCUUGGAGCCAAUAUGAAGGGAUUGCAGCCAUGUUCAAGAUUGGAAAUAGUAAGGAGCUGCCACCGAUCCCUGAUCAUCUUUCUGUUGAUGGCAAAGAUUUUAUAGGAAAAUGUCUUCAACGUGAUCCAUCCAAGCGUCCAACUGCAUCUGAACUGUUACAACAUCCAUUUGUUAACAGUGCAGCCUUGAUAGAAAAAUCCAUCUUUAGUUCCCAACCUGUGCAACAACUGAUAGGUGUUUCAAGUGGAGCAUGUACCAAGGGUGUUGGUCAUGCAAGAAAUCUUUCUUCUUUGGAUGUGGAGGGAUUGGCAUUUCAUCGUUUAAGAGGUGGAAAAUCUACUAUUUUGUCUAGCUUUAAGUGCAGAAAGCUACAUGGAAGAAUGGAGCAUUCUUUAUUACUGACUCUGAAAUUUGAACCAAUCAUAAAACCCCUAAAAUUGGAUACCAAGAUUAGAAUAUGUACCCACUCACCUAUAAAGGAUAAUUGAUGAGCAAACCUCAACUUUUCCCUGGAUAUGCAAUGGUAAUUUUCUGAGCUCCAUUCAACUGUAUGAUUAGAAUAUGUGUUUGAUCUCCAAUUAUUCAUGUAUUAGCUAAGAAAAACCUGGUCCUAGCUAUCUUAUUCUUCUAAGAGCCAUCGGGUACUAAUUGAUUAGUGGAUGAGUUACUUUUAUGGACUUUAUCUUACUAUGACCAUAUUGGCCACCCAUUUUCCGAGAUUCUAUAGAUUAAAUUUUUCCUUGUAUCAUUUUUUUACAGCAUUUCCCAUGAUUGACUCCCAAAAACUGGAAAAUGCUGGUGGUGGUAGAAAAAUCGACCACUGCUUCAUUGAAAUGACUUUAGUGCUUCGCUAAGGACACAUUUUUAACUGUUUUGACAUGAGCUGAUCUCAAAGGUUGCCAGGAAACGACUAUGUUUUUUUUUAUCAUGUGUCAUCGUUGAAGAUCACACUAUUUAAUGUUUUCUCUUCUGUAAUUAGUAAAGAAAGGACUGUUAUCUCAAGUGGUGAGGCCAAUUUACAGCUCUUAUUGGUGAGGCCAAUUUACAUCUCUUAUUGGCUGAGAAAUUUUACUUGUCGAUGCGUAUGGAUGGAGUAGCUAAAUCGAGAAACUUAAGAUAUUCAAAUUGUCUAGAUUCUUAACUCUUGCUGUGUUAUGCAUAUGGUUUCUUUCGAGGCUAAGGUCAUGAUCUGAACAAUAAAACUUUGUACAUCAGUAUCAUAUUUGAUAUUAGAUGAGCAAGAGUGCAAGACUUACAGCUGUUCUCUUGGAAACAGCUAAAGCAGUUGGUGUUCUUUGUGAGAAUUUGCAAUAAAUUUUUUUAAAGAUAUUAUUUUCCACUAAAACAAGGGGUUUUGACUAUAACUUUUGUUGUUUACUCUAGUUACUUGUCUUGUGGAUUUAUACUGUUCUACAUCCUCCGUAUAGACAU